UGCCCAAGGCCAUAACCGCUUCGACGAAUGAUACCAUUACUCCCCAUGUCGAUUACAAGAAGCAACAUUUGACAUAUAACUCCGACCGUCGGCACCGUAGUUGCUCUCACACCUGAUCUUUCAAAGUACCAAAAUGGCGAAAACGCCUUUGAGACUGGAGAAUGUCGAUUGAGGAAAGGCAGAAACCUCCAAAAGGAGCUAUUGGCUGGUUUAAGAAAGCGCUCAAUCUCAUACUGGCACAAUAUUUGGUUAUUGGGUUCGCUACUGCUUGUGUUUUUGGAUAUUUUUUCCCAUCUAUCGCUCAGCAUGGGGGUGUCAUUCGUUCAGAGUAUAGCAUCCUCUACGGCGCUGUCGCAUUCAUCUUUCUCGUUAGCGGGCUGCAAUUAUCACCACAGAAGCUUCGGGAGAAUGUGACAAACUGGAGAUUACAUAUUCUGGUUCAUGGGAUUAGUUUUGCCGUUAUUCCGGCUAUUGUGCUUGCCAUUGUUCAUAUCUCUAUCGCAGCUGGAGCUCUCAGGUCACAAACACCUUCACCUCCAAUCCUCAUCGGUCUUCUUACCACUGCCUGUCUUCCAACUACUAUUGCCUCCAAUGUUGUAAUGACACGGGCUUCAGGCGGAGACGAAGCCGCCGCCAUUAUCUCUGUCGUCAUCGGCAACGUUGCUGGAUCGUUUCUAUCUCCCCUCCUCAUCUACGGCUUCUUUCCAACUGGCCAUCCUGAAGCAUUCGACAGCUGGCGCCCUGCUGACCCGUCCACUCUAGGACAUAUGUAUGCCGACGUAGCCAAGCAGCUAUGUCUUAGUGUCGUCUUGCCCCUUGUUGUUGGUCAAGCUAUACGGUGGAGGUGGGAGGAUCGCACAGUCACAGUUCUCAAUGCUCUCAAAUUGGCCAAGGUCUCAACACUGUGUCUCGUUCUGCUCGUAUGGACGACCUUCUCUGGAGCCUUUGGUACCGGGGCGUUGAAAGACUUAUCUACAAGCAACGUCCUCUUCCUUGUCUUUAUGAACGUUGCGUUAUAUGCUCUAUUCACAGUUAUCUGCUUCUUUCUCGCCAGACCACCUGGGCGCUUCGUCAGAACAGUGUCUUCAUCCUGGCUGAGGCAUGUCUUCAGGCGCAUGUCUAAAGAGCAGACGAUCGCCGUAUGCUUUUGCGGAGCGGCCAAAACAACGAGUUUGGGCAUACCGCUAGCAAGUUCAAUGUGGGCGCGUGCGGAUGAUCUAACACGAGCCUAUAUACAGAUACCGGUGCUGCUGUACACCAUCGAACAGGUGUUUAUGGCUCAAGGGCUGGUAUAUGUCUUUCGCUACUACAUGCGGAGAGGAAACAAGGAGCAUGUCAGCGAGGAAGCAGAGCAGGGUACUUCCCAAGAACAAUGUUCUAUCGACGUACAGAUGCAACCUGAUGACAUUCCAAGGCAGGUCAUUGAUGAGGGCGUGGAACAAAAAGGGCAGCGAGGUUUGUAGGCAAUCUCACACGUGUCUAAACCGGUGCAUAGUUGGCCAAAGCUACAGGAGACAUGUUCCAGGGCUUCUUACGCGGCGUCAGAGAAAUCGAUUUCGACUGCCCCAUGACUGUCCUGGAAGUAAUGGAUCAAGAUAAUAUAUAAUAAGACCCUAAGUAAACAUCUAGGUCUAAAAAACCUUAUUUUUAAAGGUUAUUUCAAAGUGUAUGUGCCGAAUAACUC